UGGUUUUUAGUGAUUAGUAUCUCCGCAAUUGAUUGUUUCUUUUCGCGCUGACAGAAUGGCCCUGAUUUCCGGUUUAUUGGUGACAAAAAUUCUCGCUACUAUUUUAGUCGUUUUCGCGGGUAUUUAUGUUUAUUUUAAAUACUAUUUGUACGAGUUUUGGAGAAGAAAAGGCGUGGCUUACGUUGAAUCGUCACCACCCACCGGAAUUCUGGCGCGUGUUGUAGCUGCCAAAAUAAGCAUAGGGGAAUUAUACGCCGAGGCGUACGCCCAACAGAAAAGUAACCGUUACUUCGGCACGUACGGGUUUCACAAACCGUGUCUCGUGGUCGCCGAUCCCGAUAUUAUUAAGUACAUUCUCACGAAAGGAUUCAAUCACUUUCACGAUCGUGGUGUUUACUGUAACGAAAAAGUUGAUCCGCUCUCGGGCCAUUUGUUUUUUAUGCGUGGACCAAAAUGGCGCGCUCUACGCACGAAACUUACGCCUACGUUCACUCCUGGAAAGCUGAAGCAAAUGUAUGGCACGAUCGUUGAAAUUGGCGACAAAUUGGCCGAGUACUUGAAACCCAUUGCUGAAAAGCGAGAGAUCGCUGAGUUCAAAGACAUUAUGGCAAGGUAUACAACGGACACGAUAAUGUCAACCGCGUUUGGAUUGGACGCCAAUAGCCUGGAAAAUCCGAAUUCCGAAAUUCGAUAUUGGGGCCGAAGGGUCUUUGAUCCCCACCCAUUUUGGAACACCGUAGCCAUAUUCGCACCACAAGUAAUGGAUUUUUUUUCCAUUUCUCUCACCGAACGACCAAUUAUCAAUUUCUUCGUAAACGCUUUCACCGAAACGAUGCAAUUAAGAAAGGCCAAUAAUGUUCAAAGACCUGAUUUUAUGCAUUUACUAAUGCAAUUGAUAGACCGAGGAUACGUCGAUGCUGACGUUGGGGAUAAUCCCUCGAAUAAUGAUGAAGUUUCACAUGUAAAAAUGACGGUAUUGGAGGCGGUGGCUCAAGCAUAUGAAUUUUUCGUGGCCGGCUUUGAAACAAGCGCCACUACCGCAUCUUACUGUCUAUACGAAUUAGCCGCCAAUCAGGAUAUCCAGGACGAAGUGAGAAAGGACAUUGACGUUGCUCUCCAAAAAUUUGGUGGCAUUACUCACGAAAGCGUACAAUCAAUGACAUACCUCCACAAAACUGUUUGCGAAACUUUGAGAAAAUAUCCAGCGUUGCCAAUGCUGAAUCGAGUUUGCACGAAGGAUGUUGUUGUUCCGACGACGAACCUCCACAUGAACAAAGGGGUCGACGUCCUAAUUCCGAUAUUGGGCAUCCACAGAGAUCCUGAUAUAUAUCCAGACCCGGAUAAAUUCGAUCCCGAGCGUUUCAGCGAGGCGAAUAUAGCAGCAAGACACCCUUACACUUAUCUACCUUGGGGGGAAGGUCCGCGAGUGUGCAUAGGGAUGAGGUUCGCUCACGCGCAGGUCAAAGUCGGUAUAAUCUGUAUGUUGUCGAAAUAUCGUAUUAGUCUGGGUCCGGAUAUGACGGGGCCCAUCAAAUACGAUCCUGCUCUUCCGGUCCUUUCAGCUCUGGGAGGAAUAAAUCUUAGAGUCGAUAUGGCCCUGAUUUCCGGUUUAUUGGUGACAAAAAUUCUCGCUACUAUUUUAGUCGUUUUCGCGGGUAUUUAUGUUUAUUUUAAAUACUAUUUGUACGAGUUUUGGAGAAGAAAAGGCGUGGCUUACGUUGAAUCGUCACCACCCACCGGAAUUCUGGCGCGUGUCGUAGCUGCCAAAAUAAGCAUAGGGGAAUUAUACGCCGAGGCGUACGCCCAACAGAAAAGUAACCGUUACUUCGGGACGUACGGGUUUCACAAACCAUGUCUCGUGGUCGCCGAGCCCGAUAUUAUUAAGUACAUUCUCACGAAAGGAUUCAAUCACUUUCACGACCGUGGUGUUUACUGUAACGAAAAAGUUGAUCCGCUCUCGGGCCAUUUGUUUUUUAUGCGUGGACCAAAAUGGCGCGCUCUACGCACGAAACUUACGCCUACGUUCACUCCUGGAAAGCUGAAGCAAAUGUAUGGCACGAUCGUUGAAAUUGGCAACAAAUUGACCGAGUCCUUGAAACCCAUUGCUGAAAAGCGCGAGAUCGCUGAGUUCAAAGACAUUAUGGCAAGGUAUACAACGGAUACGAUAAUGUCAGUUGCGUUUGGAAUGGACGCCAACAGCCUGGAAAAUCCGAAUUCCGAAAUUCGAUAUUGGGGCCGAAAGGUCUUGGCUCCUCACCCGUUCUGGAACACCCUUGCCAUAUUCGCACCACAAGUAAUGGAUUUUUUUUCCAUUCCUUUCACCGAACGACCAAUCGUCAAUUUCUUCGUAAACGCUUUCACCGAAACGAUGCAAUUCAGAAAGGCCAAUAAUGUUCAAAGACCUGAUUUUAUGCAUUUACUAAUGCAGUUGAUAGACCGAGGAUACGUUGAUGCUGACCUCGGUGAUAAACCCUCCAAUAAAGCUGAAGAAUCACAUGUAAAAAUGACGGUUUUGGAGGCGGUGGCUCAAGCCUAUGUAUUUUUCGUGGCCGGCUUUGAAACAAGCGCCACUACCGCAUCUUACUGUCUAUACGAAUUAGCCGCCAAUCAGAAUAUCCAGGACGAAGUGAGAAAGGACAUUGACGUUGCUCUCCAAAAAUUUGGUGGCAUUACUCACGAAAGCGUACAAUCAAUGACAUACCUCCACAAAACUGUUUGCGAAACUUUGAGAAAAUAUCCAGCGUUGCCAAUGCUGAAUCGAGUUUGCACGGAGGAUGUUGUUGUUCCGACGACGAACCUCCACAUGAACAAAGGGGUCGACGUCCUAAUUCCGAUAUUGGGCAUCCACAGAGAUCCUGAUAUAUAUCCAGACCCGGAUAAAUUCGAUCCCGAGCGUUUCAGCGAGGCGAAUAUAGCAGCAAGACACCCUUACACUUAUCUACCUUGGGGGGAAGGUCCGCGAGUGUGCAUAGGGAUGAGGUUCGCUCACGCGCAGGUCAAAGUCGGUAUAAUCUGUAUGUUGUCGAAAUAUCGUAUUAGUCUGGGUCCGGAUAUGACGGGGCCCAUCAAAUACGAUCCUGCUCUUCCGGCCCUUUCAGCUCUGGGAGGAAUAAAUCUUAGAGUCGAGCCACGAUGAAACAAAUUUCACGUUCCAAAGUACUGUUCAGAUCCCCGAAUGUCACUGUCUUGGUAAAUUUAUUCAUUUGUUUUCUCGAAAGACAGAUUCAACAAAACGAAACGUCGAACAGUAGUCGUGACUUUUGUUAGUGCUGCGAUGUAAAUUUAAAUAACCGACAAAAAUAUGAAAUUCAAAUGAUCAUUGUAUAAUUCGAAGAGUAUUUUUAAAAACUCAAAAUGUUUGGAAAGGUUGUGAAAGAAAUAUCUAAAAAUAUGAUAACUCUCAAAACGAGAGUUGCCGUCAUUGACACACUUUA